AUGUCUAUGGAGACAGAACUGAAAGUCAUGGAAGUGAUAGAAAGAUUGGUCAAGGCAGGAUUCAUUAGACCAGCCAUUUAUGUUGAUUGGCUAGCCAAUAUUGUGCUAGUUUUGAAAAGAAAAACAGGGGCAGUUAAGAUCUGUGUGGAUUAUAUAAAUCUAAAUGAAGCAUCUCCCAAAGAUGAAUAUCCUAUGCCAAUGGCAGACAUGCUGGUAGACGAAGCUACUCGUAACCAAAUGCUAUCUUUUAUGGAUGGAAAUGCAAGAUAUAAUCAGAUUAUGGUGACAGAAGAAGACAUCCAUAAAACACCCUUCAUGUGUCCAGGGCAUAUAGGUGCUUUUGAAUACACUGUAAUGCCUUUUGGCUUGAGAAAUUCAGGAGCCACUUAUCAAAGAGCAAUGAACUCUGUUUUCCAUGACAUGAUAGGUCAUUCUCUAGAGGUGUACACAGAUGAUGUGGUGAUUAAGUCCCCAGAAGAAGGAGAUCAUGUGUCAAAUCUGACAAGGGCAUUCGUAAGAAUGAGACAACAUAAGUUGAAAAUGAAUCCCAAGAAAUGUGUUUUUGGGGUUCAAGUAGGAAAUUUCUUAGGUUUCUUGGUCCACCAAAGAGACAUAGAGAUUGAUAAAAAUAAGGCAAAAUCCAUCAUAGAAGCCUUACCGCCUCGAAACAAGAAAGAAUUGCAAAGUCUCCUAGGAAAGAUCAACUUUCUAAAAGAUUUAUAUCCAAUUCUGCAAGAAAAAUCCAACCUUUCUCCUCCUUGUUAA